AUGGUGUGUGGAGCGGCCAGGGAGAUUGUUUUUCAGGACUGUUGGGGAUUGGACAAUGAUAUGUUCAGGCUAGCAAGUACUUGCAGGAGGGUGAAGUUCCUAUCUCUAGAAGGAUGCUCAGUGUUAACAACAGAGGGUCUGGAGUCAGUAAUUCUUCCCUGGAAGGAGCUUGAAUGCCUUAGAGUAGUGUCGUGCAAGAAUAUAAAGGACAAGGAGAUAUCUCCUGCCCUCUCAACCUUAUUUUCUACUCUCAAAGAGUUGCAAUGGAGACCAGAUACCAAAUCUCUUCUUCCAUCAAGCGUUUUCGGAACCAGCAUAGGAAAGAAAGGCAGUAGAUUCUUUCGGAAGACUCGAGAUUUGAAGAUGCUAUUUGAUGAUCAGAAUCUGCUCCUUGAUUUUAUACACAGAUGA